CUCAUCAGCCACGUCCACGUCCUAACUUCAUGGCAGCGGUUUCUUGUUUGGAUCUGGAAGCUGGAUUUUAUACGAAUUUAUAUUAAUAAUUAACAACAAGAUCUACACGAGCACGGAAUUUUAAAAUGCCUCUACGUUUGGAUAUAAAGCGUAGACUGACCGCAAGGUCUGACAGAGUGAAAAGUGUGGACCUCCACCCAACAGAACCAUGGAUGCUCUGCUCCUUAUAUCAGGGAAAUGUCAACAUCUGGAAUCACGAGAGUCAGACCCUCGUGAAGACAUUCGAGGUAUGCGAUUUGCCAGUGAGAGCUGCCAAAUUCGUACCCCGGAAAAAUUGGGUCGUGACUGGAUCUGAUGAUAUGCAUGUACGAGUUUUUAAUUAUAAUACUCUGGAAAGGGUGCACUCCUUUGAGGCUCACAGUGAUUACGUCAGAUGUAUCGCAGUACAUCCUACUCAGCCUUUCAUACUAACCAGCAGUGACGACAUGUUAAUUAAGCUAUGGAACUGGGAAAAAUCUUGGCGAGGACAGCAGGUCUUUGAAGGUCACACCCACUACGUUAUGCAGAUUGUUUUCAACCCAAAGGACAACAACACAUUCGCAAGUGCCUCCCUGGACAGAACAGUUAAAGUUUGGCAGUUGGGCUCAUCCACUGCAAAUUUCACUCUCGAGGGUCACGAGAAGGGAGUUAACUGUGUGGACUACUAUCACGGAGGAGAUAAACCGUACUUGAUAUCUGGAGCUGACGAUAGGUACGUUAAGAUCUGGGAUUAUCAGAAUAAAACGUGUGUUCAGACCCUGGAGGGGCACACGCAGAAUAUCUCAGCUGUGUGUUUCCAUCCUGAACUUCCAAUCGUCCUCACUGGCUCAGAGGAUGGAACUGUGAGAAUCUGGCACGCAGGAACGUACAGAUUGGAGUCUUCGUUGAAUUAUGGAUUCGAACGUGUAUGGACCAUUGCGAGCAUGAAGGGCUCGAAUAAUGUGGCCAUUGGAUAUGACGAGGGAAGCGUUAUGAUUAAAGUAGGAAGGGAGGAACCAGCAGUAUCCAUGGACUCCAUGGGUGGAAAGAUUGUUUGGGCUAAGCACAGUGAAAUUCAACAGGUAAACCUUAAAGCCCUUGGAGAAGAGGCACAGGAUGGCGAACGCCUUCCGUUAGCUGUCAAAGACAUGGGCGCCUGUGAAAUCUACCCCCAGACAAUUCAGCACAAUCCUAAUGGUCGUUUUCUCGUGGUGUGCGGUGACGGAGAGUACAUAAUUUACACCUCAAUGGCGCUCCGCAAUAAGGCCUUCGGUCAAGCUCUCGAAUUCGUCUGGGCCUCUGAUUCCUCUCAAUACGCUGUCCGAGAGAGUUCCUCAGUCGUUAAAGUCUUUAAGAACUUCAAGGAGAAGAAAGUCUUAAAACCUGAUUUCGGAGUCGACGGUAUCUUUGGUGGAUUUCUCCUGGGCGUCUCCUCAGUCUCUGGUCUCUCCUUCUUUGACUGGGAUACGUUGAAACUGGUCAGGAGGAUCGAUAUCCAAUCUACUCACGUCUACUGGGCAGAAAAUGCUUCUUUGAUAGCCCUGGCAACAGCUGAUCAGUACUUUAUCCUGAAAUAUCACGCUGAAGUCGUUGCUAAUGCUCCUGAGAAUGCUGAGGACAUUGAGGAUGCAUUUGAAAUGGUCGCAGAUAUGUCUGAGGUUGUCAAGACAGGCUUGUGGGUGGGCGAUUGCUUUAUCUACACGAAUAGCGUCAACAGGAUCAAUUAUUUCGUGGGUGGUGAGGUCGUGACAAUAUCCCACCUCGACAGACCAAUGUACCUUCUGGGAUACGUCCCCAGGGACAACCGACUGUACCUCUGCGACAAGGAACUGGCAAUCGUCUCGUACUCACUCCUCCUAUCUGUCCUGGAGUACCAGACAGCCGUCAUGAGGAAGGACUUUGAGACAGCAGACAGGGUCCUCCCCACAGUUCCAAAAGAGCACAGAACUCGUGUUGCUCAUUUCCUGGAGAAACAAGGCUUUAAAAAACAGGCGCUCGAUGUAUCCACAGACCCUGAGCACAGAUUUGAGCUCGCACUUGCCCUUGGAAAUCUCGAGAUUGCGCACAGUUUGGCAAAGGAAGCCAAUAGUCAACAGAAAUGGAGGCAGUUGGCCUCUUUGGCUACUCAGAAGGGAAAGCUCACCCUUGCACAAGAGUGUCUGCAUCAGGCACAAGAUUUUGGUGGACUCCUUCUGUUGGCUACUAGCACUGGCAAUGCUGGGAUGAUUGAGAAGCUGGGAGAGGCUGCUGACGAUGGGGGAAAGAACAAUAUUUCAUUUCUUUCCAAUUUCUUAUUGGGAGAUGUGGACAAGUGUCUGGAUAUCCUCGUGAACACUGACAGGAUACCGGAGGCCGCAUUCUUUGCCAGAGCGUAUGCCCCCAGCAAAAUCUCUUAUGUUGUCAAACUGUGGAAGGAAAAACUCUCUGCUGUCAGUGAGAAGGCAGGACAAAGUCUUGCUGAUCCUGAACAGUAUGAGAACUUGUUUCCUGGGUACAGGGAAUCCCUCAAGGUCGAGCAGUUCCUGAGGGCCGAGGGCAAGAGAAGAAUACCAGCUGCGGAAUUUUCAGCUGUUAAGCCAAAUAUCGAGAGAAAACCUCUGGAAGAAAUGCUAGCGGCAGAGCAAGCCGGACAGUUCCAUCCAAGUGACAGUGAGAAUUUUGCAGAGCAGGAUGAAUCAGACAAAUUAGCCAACAGAUUACAAGACCUUGGGCUUGGAAAAUCACUUGCACCCGAGUCCCACAAAGCCCAGAUCUUGAUUGUACCAAAAACCAGUCAAUCAGGGCUCCUGGACGACGACGAUCUCGAUUUAGAUCUGGAUCUCGAUGAAAACAUCGACACAACUGAUGUUAAUCUGGAUGAUGAUCUACUGGCCGAAGAUUAGAACGAUUGAAAAUAAAGUGGAUUUAUUGUUCGGUCGGUCGCCAGCCAUUCCCCAACACUAUUAUAUAUUUUCCAUCGAUUUGAGUAUUAAAA